CCUCCUCCCUCUAUUGUUCUCCUAGGCUGCCUUGAGUUCUGCUCUCAGUUCCUUUACAACUUACCCAAACCUCGAAGACCGGUUAAACAAUGGCUACCGAACCUCCAUUUGCCUCUUAUCCAUCACGGGUGCUUCUUGUUCUCUUUGCCGUUGCGUUGCUCGUGCUCCGAAUCGACGCUCUAGCUCCACCAGCCUUCUCUAUCGAAGAAGCGAGCGUACACGAUCUCCAGCUCGCUUUCAGGGAAAACGAACUCACCUCAAGGCAGCUGACUGAGUUCUACCUUGACCGGAUUCGGAGACUCAACCCGCUUCUCAGAGGGGUCAUCGAGGUGAACCCGGAUGCGCUGCGCCAAGCUGAUAGAGCCGACCGAGAACGCAAGGCGAAGCCACAUGGCUUGCUCUCUGCCUUGCACGGGAUCCCUAUACUGCUCAAGGAUAACAUAGCCACCAAAGACAAGAUGAACACCACAGCAGGCUCCUUCGCGCUUCUCGGCUCAGUCGUGCCUCGGGAUGCCGGCGUGGUGGCUCGGCUGAGGAGGGCCGGAGCCGUGUUGCUGGGGAAGGCGAGCUUGAGCGAGUGGGCUCACUCUCGCUUUUCUCGUGGGCCCAGUGGAUGGUGCGCCAGGAGCGGCCAGGGAAAGAAUCCAUACAACCUAUCAGCGGAUCCUUGCGGAUCAAGUAGCGGGUCGGCCAUCUCCGUGGCAGCGAAUAUGGGGGCAGUGUCGCUGGGAACGGAGACGGACGGCUCAAUCUUGUGUCCCUCUAGUUUUAACUCAGUGGGGGGCAUCAAACCCACGCUUGGCUUGACGAGCCGAGGUGGGGUUGUCCCCUUCACUCCCAGACAGGACACUGUCGGGCCAAUGUGCAGGACUAUUGCAGAUGCCGUCCAUGUCCUCGAUGUCAUCGUAGGAUUCGAUCCUUAUGAUGCUAAAGCCACUAGAGAAGCGUCGAAGUACAUCCCGAGAGGGGGCUACAAGCGAUUUCUCAAAGCAGACGGGCUCAAAGGCAAGAGACUCGGAAUCGUUAGGAACCCUUUCUUCGACAUCUACUCAGGAACUCCGGUCCUCAAAGCAUUUAAUAGCCAUUUCAACACCCUGAGGAAACAAGGUGCAGUAUUGGUGGACCACUUGGAAUUAGCCAACGUCAAUGAAAUAUACUCUGAAGCGAGCGGGGAACGUGCAGCGGCGUCAGCCGAGUUCAAGCUAGCCCUGAAUACUUACCUGCGAGAUUUGGUCGUCUCGCCAGUUCGAUCCCUUGCCGAUGUAAUUGCCUUCAACAACAAGCACAAGCAUGCGGAAAAGAUCGAUGAGUACGGCCAGGACUUGUUCCUCGCUGCGCAAGCCACGAGUGGGAUCAAUAAGACUGUGAAAUCAGCGAGGCGAAACAUGGACAGAUUGACCCGAGAUGGGUUUGAGAAGCUGAUGAGGCAGAACAAGUUGGAUGCACUGGUGACUCCGGGUUUUGCAGUGAGCACCGUUCUUGCGAUCGGAGGCUUCCCGGGAAUUAGCGUGCCCGCCGGAUACGACAAGGAUGGAGUGCCCUUUGGAAUUUGCUUCGGAGGCUUGAGAGGCUCUGAGCCUACGCUCAUCGAAAUCGCUUACGGGUUCGAGCAAGCCACCAAGAUCAGGAGGCGACCAUCGCUCAUGCAGUGACCGCUAUUCGGAUCUCGGUCCGAGCUCUUGCGUGUGAGAUGUUUUCUCUGUUAUUGGAUUAGGAUCCAAGUGAUGAAGCAACGAAGGAAUAAGCAGCCACAUUCCAAGAUUAAGAAGUGAGACUGUCAAACAAUAACGAUUUAGAAUGUGUUUGUUCGCUCAGAUGCAACUACCAAUGAAGCAAUGACUUCCCCA